AUGGCGACCAUACCGCCGGAGCCAGCUGCGAAUAAAAAGAAGCACUCGAAAUUCGAUAAACAAUCCAUCACCCAAGGGCUCAACCAGCUGCACGCACCAAAGGAUUACGACGCGGAUCUAAAAUGCGUCGAUAUCAUCGCCGUCCCCGGCCUUGGGUCAGAUAUGACACACACAUGGAUGUGCAAAGGGGUGCACUGGCUGCGUGACGAGCUGAUGCUACCAAAGGCCAUUCCCAAAGCCAGAAUCCUGGUUUAUGGAUAUCGGUCGCAGUGGUUUGGGCCUGAUGCUGCCGACAUCCGUCUGUCGAAUAUUGGCCGUGAUCUGGUGGAAGCCAUCAAGGUGGAUCGACGCGAGUCUAAGAACAAAAAGCGACCUAUCAUCUUUGUCGGUCAUAGUCUUGGGGGGUUGGUUGUCUCCAAGGCCGUCACUGUUGCGAAGCGCGAAUCCGAGAGAUUCAAAGGCGUGAUUGACUGCAUCACGUCGUGUGUGUUCUUAAGCACCCCAUUCCGCGGAUCCGAGGCGCAACCCUGGGCCAAACUCAUCGGGCGAGUAGGAAACGUCCUAGGACAGGCCAAGUACACCAGUCUCCUGGGGACAUUGAAAUCAGGGUCGACAGAACUGGACGACUUGAGGGAUGAGUUCCUUACCGAUGUAGGCAGCACGCGUAUUGAUGUGGAGUGUUACUUUGAGCUGGAGAGGACAAAUGGUGUCGUCAUCGCCGACGAGAAGGUGUCGACGUUUGAUGGGAUGCCGCGCCAUCCCUGGGCGCGUACACACUCCGAGAUGAACAAGUUCGAGGGGCCCAAGGACAAUAACUACCGCCAGUUAUCAGCGUCUCUGAAGGAUAUGAGCCUUCAAUCAUUUAAAAAAAUCAAAUUGCGGGACGAUGCCCUAAAACAAGAAAUCGUGAACGACGUCCGCGUAGACAGAAUCCUCGACGGCCUGGAACUCAUCAAUCCCCGGCGCGACCUCGAGACCAUCCGCCGCGUCAGCGGGCUCGUGAAAGGCGUUAGUCCGUCGUCCUGGAUCCAGGACAGUGAGCAGUAUGUCCAAUGGUGCAAUGAGGCCUCGUCCAGCAGUCUAUGGAUCUGCGGCAGCGCAGGAAAGGGCAAAACAAUGGCCGCCAUGGCAAUCGUGGACGAGCUCGGGCAGCGCUGUCAGGACACAAGCGGUGCAUCCGUCUUGGGACAUUUCUUCUGCGAUGACCACGAUAAGGACAAGAGCAAGGCUCUGAACGUGCUCAAGUCGCUGGCGGGCCAACUGCUGAAGGCUCGGAAAGACCUGGCGCAGCACUUCUUCGGCGAAGACAUCGCGACCAGGAGUGGGGAACAGAAGAGCGAUGUCGAGUAUGAGUUCAGCUCGCUUCCUGAUCUGUGGAAAUGCCUUCAACAGGCUCUUAGUGAUCCGUCGCUGGGUACAGUCUUCUUUGUAGUCAACAACCUGGACCAGAUCGAGCUGGAGUCGCGCAGGCAGUUAUUGAGUGCCAUCACCCCGUUCUGUCCGCCAUUACCAGAGGAUGAAGAGGCUCCGAGUGGACCCUUUGUUAAAUGGCUGUUCCUCGGUGCGCGCCGGGACGAUAUCCACGAGUCUCUAAAGAACGCCAGCACGCUUAACUUGGACGACGGUAGUAACUCAACGAAGCAGGACGAUGAUCUUCGGCUGUACGUCGCUCAGAAGGUCAGACAGAUUGCGGAGGAAAGGAAGUACAGCAGAGCGCUGGAGUACUUUGUCAAGAGUUUCAUAGCCUUUCGAGCGAGGGCGACGUCCAACUACGACUGGGUUAACCUGGUAUGUCUGGAGCUAGAGAAUGAUGAACUAACCCAAGGCUCUGUGAGACGUCGCCUGGAAGAGCUGCCUACAGAUCUUUAUCCCAUGUACGACCACGUUUCCCAUCGGGUACUGCAGGGCGUAGAUAUCGACGUCGAAUACGCCAAGGAGAUUCUACGGUGCCUGCUCCUCGUGCAUACGCCUCCAACGCUACAGGAACUGGCAAUCCUAGCUGGUCUUCCAGAGACAGACCGGGAGAACCGAACAGAGCUGAAAAAGCACGUUGAGAGAUGCGGAGCCCUCGCCAAGAUGUUCAAGGACGGUCCAGAGACGAAGGUGCAGCUCAGCCACACGUCUGUCAGAGAGUUCUUGAAGUCCAAGGCCAGCGACUGGCUUUCCAUGGGAUCCGAGCAGAUCCAGCAUGGUGUCAUUGCCCUGAGGUGUUUCGACUAUGUCCUUGCUGGUGUUGAAGCGAGGGAAGGAGACGACGAGGAAGAAGCUACCGCAGCCGAGGCAGCGGACGACGAAGACGAAGAAGAUAAUUCCGACGCUGAGAGCGAGGACAACGACUUGGAAUCAGAGACCGAGUCUAAUACUACUAACCCGGGCGCAGAGGCUAAAGCCUUGCUCCGGUAUCCUGUCACAGAGUGGAUAGAGCACGCGCUACACGCAACAGCAGACAUCGUCGAUAACCUGGGCGUCGCCGAUGUGUUUUGGCUUCUAGGGUCUAAAGAACGCGCAGAGUGGUCUCGAACAUAUGCCAGCUUCACAUCAGCUGCGGCGCAGUCCGGCGAUACCCUCGAGUUUGAUACCGACUCCACGGCACUGCAUAUCGCGGCGUACUUCGGCUAUUUGCCUCUAGCAGAUCUGCUUCUCAGGUCUGACCAACACGAUGGGGAGCCUCACGCGUGUGAUGGUCAAGGGUUGCAGCCGCUAUACUGGGCGUGUCGUAGGGGGCAUCUGGAUAUGGUCCAGCGGCUGUGUGCUGCUGGAGCGGACAUCAAUUAUCGGAGCUCAGAGGAAUCGAAAACGGCUCUGCAUGCGGCUGUCCUAUCAAAUAACCCCGAGAUAACCUCUUUUGCACUCAGUCAUGGCGCAUCCGUUGACGUCACCAGCAAGGACGUCGGUUCUCCGCUUUAUAUGGCCUGCGAUGAAGGGUCCCUUGCAAUAGUGCAGCAGUUGCUAGAGAGACAAGCCAAUCCUAAUCUUCUAGGAGGCCCCGAGGUUACAGCACUGAAUGCCGCUGCACGGAGCGGCCAGCUGGAUGUUGUGAAGAUUCUUCUCCAGUAUGGCGCGGAGCUAAAUCCUAAUGUGGAUUACCAACGUGGCAAUGCACUAUGGAUGGCGUGCGCUUACGGGGGGAAGGAAACUGCCGAAUACUUACUUGGGCAGGGCUGCAACUGGGAUAAGCCAGACUCUAAAGACCGCUUGCCGAUUGCAAUAGCUGCAGAGGAGGGGUAUGCCGAUAUUGUCGUGUUGUUGCUCCAGUACGAUCACCGGCCGGAGUCUCAUGAGAAAGCCCUGCUCAGCGCUGCAGAAGCGGACGAACCUGAUGUGGUUCGCGUUCUGGUACAGCAUUGUCCGAUGAUCUCGCAUGGCGAUCCCUUUUACGAAGCUGCGAGCAGUGGGUGUACCGAGAUUGUCGAGAUCUUGACAGCAGACGGGGUGGACCAGGGCGUCUUGGAGAAGUCGCUAUAUGAAGCAGUGGACUGUCAAUAUGAGGGAACAGUCCGCGUAUUGUUGAAUAUGGGAAUUAAUCCCAAUUCUGAGGGCCCCGACUAUGGAAAUGCUCUUCAGGCCUCUGCGUACGACGGAACAACGAAUAUCUUGCAAAUGCUGCUCCACAAAGGCGCAGAUCCGAACCUGGUCUAUCCGAACUCGGAUUAUGGCACGGCGCUUCAAGCUGCAUGUUACCAAGGAACCGUCGAAAAUGUGAAGAUCCUUCUCGACCGCGGGGCUAUAGUGAAUCCUGAUGUCUCCGGCGAGUAUGGGACACCACUGACGGCUGCCUGUGCCCAAGGCAAUACUGAAAUAGUACGACUUCUCCUCGACCAUGGUGCCGACCCGAACUGUGAAGGAGGCGAAUACGGGUUUGCCAUCGUUGCGGCUAGUGAGGGUGGAAACGAGGAUAUCCUCCGGCUGCUCCUCUCACAUGAGGCUAAUGUCGAUGUCAAUGUCAAGAGCCCAAGUGGGGAGACCCCUCUGACAAACGCAGCUUUGGAGCUGCCCUUGUCGUGCCUGGAGCUUCUCGUACAACAUGGUGCAUGGUUGCAUGUCCGGGAUGAAGACCAAGACACCGCCCUUACCAACGCUGCUUGCACCGGAGAUUCAGAUUCAGUGCGUUACCUUCUCGAGCAGGGGUUAGAUGUCCAGCAUAUCGGCAACCGGGGAGGCGCGCUGUAUCUCGCAAUCGAUGGGGGCAAGUCGCUUGAAUGCGUUGAGGUCCUGGUAGGGUAUCACGUCGACGUCAACCAGCAAGGCGGCCUACUGCAUACGCCUCUCCAAGCUGCCGUCCACAACAUGGACUUGGACUGCAUUCAACUCUUGUUGGAUAAUCACGCCGAUGUAAACCUCACCGGCGGGAAGUAUCACACUGCUCUUCUCGCCGCGGUAGUCGCAGACGAUAUAGAGCGUGUCCGACUGCUCCUCCAACACGGUGCUGAUCCUCUUGAGGCAGGUGGUUACUACGGAAGUGUCCUACAUGCGGCGAUUUAUGCCGAUGAGCCUAUCGGCAUGAUCGACCUUCUCCUGGAGCACGGCGCUGACAUUAAUGCCGUGCAUGAUCGAGGCACUCCCCUCCAGGUUGCAGCCGCUUAUACCACGACAGAUGUGACCACCCAUCUUCUUGAGAAGGGCGCAGACCCGAACUUGGUUAUUGGGAAGCACGGAACUGCCCUACAAGCAGCAUGCAUACUGCAAGACGAUGACGUGGUAGAUGAGCUUCUCGAGUACUCUGCGGAUCCCCUUUUGCGAGGUGGGUAUUACGGUAGUGGCUUUGCGGCGGCCGCUGCGAAUGGGAUGGAAGGUUAUGUCAAAAGGUGGCUUGAAGAUGAUCCUGCGGGGGAUAUUCUUGUCGAAGCAUUACACUUUGCGGUGCAUUUCCGACAGACAGAUAUUGUUAAGGUGCUCUUGGACCAUGAUGUGGAUGUCAAUGUUAAAAGCCGGCUCUUCGGGUCUGCGAUGCUGGCUGUGGAAGCAAAGAUCACGGACACAGAGAGGGCCAUUCUAGAGGGUGAUGAAGACUUUUGGAAGGCCGAUGAGGAAGAUCAGGACGAGGAUGACGAGGAUGACGACGACGAUGAGGAUGAGGAUGAAGAGGAGGAGCAGGAGGAGGAGGAGGAGGAAGAUGGCCAGAGCGAAGGUGACAUUGAUGAGGAUGGCAGUGAGGACGACGAAGCAGAGAAGGAAAUCAGAGCGCUUUUGACACCUUUGACGCAGACAGAUACUGUGGAAGACAAUGGAGGUCUGCCUUCUAAUGUGGAAGACAAUAACGGACCUGCUUCUGAUGCAAGCUCGGAUGAGGGCAGCACCUGGGAGAACCUGAAACAGGGCAAGACAAGUCGAUUUGGAUUCAGAAACGCACUCAAGAAGAGUAUUGCAGAUAAAAUGGACAGAAUGCCUGUGUCAUUCUAA